UAUAUUGUCCAAUUGGUUCAAACAAUGGCUUGAUUACUAUGUUGAGGCUCAAUGUUGUCUUUGUGUAAUUGAUGAUGGAUGCUCCAUGCAGAAAUAUUGUGAUAUAAUUAUCACAAAUCCAAGGGAAUCAGCAGCAAUUAUUGAACUUGUUGCCACAGAGACUUGGCAGAAAGUGGAGGAACAUUACCAACACACACUUCAAUAUGCAGAAUCCAAAAGAAAGGAAAUGCCUGUUAGUGAAAUUUGGACUGUACAUUUCACUUGUGAACAAAACUACUUAGUUCCAGGAAACCCCUGCUUGCCAACAAUGCAGCAACAUAGACAGGGUCUGGGUGCAAUACAUUUUUGGCAUAACUUGGAGUUUUCAGAAGUCCACAUGAGUGCAUGCUAUCCUGUUUUUGAUAUAAAUGAUGAAAUGUCACUUAUGGAAGUUCAAAAUGAGCAGGUGUUUAAGAAUUUGGCAACUUAG